AUGCGCGAUGCCAAGCAACAAGCCAUUGAUUUGCGCGUGGAACAGGUCCGCAACCUCUUGGAGCAGCGCCGCAAGGCUGCCGAGAAGGUGGCUGGAACCGACGAAGGCUUUGGCAUGAAGGUGGCACGAAGGUUCAUCAAUAAUGUGACUGUCCAGAUCGAGGACGUGCAGGUGUCCUUCAGUAGCAAAGCCUUGGGCAUCGCCACCAGUAUUCAGCUCCCCAAUUUAGCGGUGCUCUCGACGGAUGAGUCCUUUCAGGAGCCAAAGAAAGGCGAAGUCGUGCAGAUUGCUGAUGAUUCGAUGUACAAGGUGAUGAGGAUCGACGGCUUUGCGGUGCAGUUGAGCUGUGGUGGUGGUCUCGACACCCUCAAAGAUGCUAACUACAUCCUGAAACCAAUCAGCACUGCUUUGAAGUUGGCACAUGUGCCGAGCGAGCAACGUGUCUUCUUGGAGCUGGACUUGGGCGUUGGAAAGCUGUCUGAGGUCAAGCUCUUUGGGUCACAAGUUAAGCAGCUCAUGAAAGCUGGAGUUGCACUCGCAGAAGAGGACGCUCGGCUGAAGGCCUUGAUGGUCCCUGAAGAGAUUGGUAGUGCUGCAUUACUCAUGGAAGAUACCCUCAAGGCUGAGUAUGGCCUGCUUUACAAGCGACAUUUGCUGCAUGAAAGAAGGCUUGCAGUGGAUGAGACGAACCUCACAGCCCAAGAAUUGAGGCGCAAGCAGUUGCUGGAGGAUGCACUGCCCGUGGAAAUCGUGGCAGCUAAUCGCAUGGCAGCCGUUGAGCUUGCGGAUGCACGACAGGAAAAACUGCCAGGUUUCUUCAGCCAAUUCUGGGGCCAGUUCUGCUGUGCCACCACCAACAACAACACAACAGCUAGUGUGGGCAUGGAGGACCUUCAGGAUGCCACAGAGUUUGAAGCUGUGGAAGCACCUGCGAACAUCUUGGCAGAGGUGCGUUUCUCUGACCUUUCAGUGAAGCUUCACGAUGACGCAGCGGAGGAGAAGAGCUUGUUGAGACAGGUCUUGGAGCUCUACGUCUACAGCACCGAACUCACAGCAAAGGUGGCCACUGGAGUGGAUUAUCGUGGGAAGUCCUCUGCGAACGUCCACGUGGCAGGCUCCUUUGGUGGUGUUGAGGCUCGUCAUUGUGGUGACGACGUCAUCAGGAUCCGAACUGCAGAUGAGCAAAGAGGGCAAGCCGCCAAAUUUGCAUUGGAGAACAAGCUCGAGGAGACAUGCAACGUCUUGUCCGUGAUGCUUCACACUGCGCCGAUGGAUUUGAAUUUCAUCCCCAGCAUGGUCCCCAAGCUGCUAGAGUUGCUGCAGCCACCAGAGACCGGCGAUGGUGAUGCCAUCACGGUGAUGGUCUCAGAGAAACCUGCGAGGCCGGACCGCGACGGCGAAGCAUCACCGGUCUUGUCACCCAAAUCGCAUGGGUCACCAAUGAGCCGCACCGUGAGUGCUGGCCAGGAGGCGGCAGUUCACGCCCUCCUUGGAAAAGAAGGCGAUGUGGCACAAUAUGCAGAUGCAGCCUUCGACCGCGUGCCCGACCAAGUGAACCUGGACGUGGUGAUCGCUGCACCAUGUGUUCACAUCCCGGUGAAGGAUUUGGGCUCAGUGACAAUGAACUUGGGUUCCAUCAAGCUCUUUACGCCGGAGCGUUGCUCCAUGAAAGCAGUGAGGAUGGAAGUAGCACUGGAAGACACCAUGCUCAUGGUGGCCACCAAGCGGGAGGAGUUCAACGUGAUCAGCCCAUUGCCCAUUGACAUCAAGCUGAAUCACAAUGAAACUGAAGAUGCUUUGAUGGCCGAUGUGUCUGUGAGCAUCGGCGAUUUGACGUUGAUCGCCGCUCCCCAAGCCGUGCAAGUCCUCGCCAAGCUUCCGGACGUCUUCGCAGAGCUCGCGCCGGAGACCACGGAAACCACGACAGAGACCACGGCGGCUCAGGCUUCCACAGACGUGCCCAGUGACCAGCUGGACCGGAAGAAGCUGGUCAGUGAGGUGGCUGGCAAGUCCGAGGCGGUGCAAGCGGCCACACAACGUGCCAAAGAACUCACUGAAAAGCGGCUGAAGGUCAAUCUGAUGGCCAACUUGGGAAAGCUCGAAGUGGCAGUGUUGGAUCUGAUACAGCCGGUUCUGACGCUUCAAUCCAGAAUCUUGGACAACGGCAUCCAAGUCAGCCAUGACAGCUUGAUGACUGGCCUGGACAUGAACACUAGCGUGAACCUGAGCAAGCUUGCGCUGGUGGCCUAUGCUAGGAAUCCGAGCUCUCACGAGUGGGAGCCGCUCCUGGAGCCCUUCCACAUCGGUGCGUCCUUGCAGUUGGAAUCAGUGAAGGAAGGCUCCGAUGCGUUGUCCACGAAACUGUCUUGCAAUGCCCACAAUCCACUCCUGCUGAAUGUCAGAGCACCUUCUCUCUACAGGCUUGCUUGCUUGGGCCCCAUUUUCCAAGCCAGCUUGGAGUCUGGGGAGUUCACGGAAAAGACCAGAUACCGUGCUGUGAACCUCUCAGGCCAACCUUUGCGCUUGGACUUCAUUUGCCCCAGCGGAACGCUUCAGAAAGAUCUGCUGCCCGAUGGCUCCGAAGUUUCUCUUGAGGAGGAGAUUUUGGUCUAUGGGGCCAGCGACAUUUCAGUCAGCCUCGAGGGAGAUGACUCCGUUGCUUCUGAUCCACUGUCCAUCGAGACCUGUGGCUGUACCGUGGUGCCUGGAAGCCUUUGCGUGGCGCAGAUCUGGAUGCCGGAGCCAGGAUGCCGUAUGUUGCUAUUGGCCCCACCCUUGCGACUGCACAACACCUGCGAUGUGCCGCUGGAGCUCAAACUGGCCGCAAGCUACGAGGACCAAUCUGCAAAAUUCAGCUGCGAUGCUGAGCAUGUAGGCGAGGCGCCACCCGUUGUCAAGAUGCAUAGCAACUUCACCCCAUUGGAUGCCGCAGCAAAAGAGAAGGGAACAUAUUUGGUGAUGCCAAAUGAGAUCUUCGCCGUGCCAGAAUCUGCAAUUGAGAACAAAAACGGGCUCCGAGCAGAUGUGUCAUUUCGGCCUUUCGUUGAAGGACACGAAUUCUGUUCACCAUUCUCCUUUUCCAGCAAAGUGGAGAGCGAUAGCUUGGAUGUUCUGUGUCUGAGAAGCCUCGAGGAGCCGGAACUGCCCCGAAUCUUGGGAGCUAAAGGCAACCGCGGCUACAUGCCCCGCCAGGAUGAAAAGGAGAAACAUGACGACGAGGUGGAUACAAAAACACGUGCCAAAGACGUGUCAACUCGAACGCAGAAGAAGGGCAUUUGUGCAUGCGGUGGGAAGUCAGGAAUGGUCACAGAUCCUGAAGAUCUGUUGGAGGACGAGGAGAGCAGGGCCGUGUCCAGCCUCAGCUGCAACAUCAAGCAUGGCGUUAAAGCCGGACAUGACUUGCAGAUCACCAGGUUGACUGUCCGACCUCUCCUGAGUCUUGUGAAUGCUGUGCCAGAGAUGGACAUGACCAUGCAAUACCGUGCGUCCUCCAAGGCUUUGACGACCUUGCUGGACCGAAGGCCAUGGAAAGAGAUCCAGCUUCAAUCCAUGGUUGGGGUGAAUGUCUAUGACCUCCCAUCAGCAGCAAAUGGUGUCGAGCUCCGUGGACGUUUGGGUGAUGACAUGGAGACGCCAUUCUCAUCCUCAGUCCUGGUCCGAGCUUCGGCUCUCCACAACAGUGCUGAGAUGUUGGAGCUGGACUUUAAGCAGACGGCUUCAGGUGCUGCAGCCGGAAUCGUGGCGCAACCCCUGGGUGCUGGGCGAGUGCGCAUGUCUUGUCCCAGACUUUUCACCCAUCGCCUGGAUGAUUUGAAGCAAGAUGAAGAAGUACAACUCUUCAGCAGCGGUGCCCCGUUGCCAAAGAUCAGCGAGUUCACAAUGCUCCCGAACAAUUGCGAGUCCAAGAAGUGUGAGCUCCUGGUACGACGCUGGGUGGAUGGAACACUACGAGAGAUGAAGCACAACCUGACAAUGCCUGCAGCCUUUGACUCCUUCGAUGUCAAGACUCCGUGGGGAACCGGGUAUUACUGCAUGCAGACCGAGGAUUUGGCAGCCAGCGGGAUGCUGGGAGCAAGCUGCAAAGUAUCCAGUCUCCGUCCACGCUUGGUGGUGACCAAUGCUUCUGAUCUUGAUCUUGAACUACAGACACCUGAUGGAAAUGUGGUGGUGCUGAACGCACAGCAGUCCAAGCCCUAUCAUUGGCAUAUUUCCUCCAGCAACAAGGGAGCAGCGUCAUUUCACCUUCGACCAGCAGGUCAUUCAGAUGUGAGCUGGUCAGCUGCUAUCCCUUGCAGCGAGCAAGCAGCAGGAUCCACCCCUCUGCUAUUAUCUGCCAAUGGCGAUUCUCCCAGUGCGGCACCGCUUGUUUGGACAGCUGAGAUUGCUCCUUCCUUUGGAGCCUUCUCCAUAACACUGAAGAAGGGAUCAGUCUUCAUGGCUUCCAACAAAGCCCAGACAGCCAAUGUGAACAUGGAGUUGUACUCGGUGGCAUCUCAGAAAGCCACCACAACUGGUGCUGCUACGGUGGUCAAGCCGGGCGAAGAAGCUCCCAUCGGUUGGGCAGAUCCCUACACUCUUCGGCAGUUUGGAGUGAAGGUUGUCAUUGGUGGCGAGGAGCACUUUAUCCAAGACCUCGGGCGGCGGGCAGAAAUACAAAUCAAAGGUCUCAAAGUGAUGCUUUCUGUAUCUCGAGUGGGUGAAUCUACCAUUCUGUCGCUCGAUGACGUCUAUUCUCCGGUGGCGGCAUUGCUUGAAACAGGUGAGAGAACUGAUGACCUGUCCAUCACAUCGGAUCAAGCUUCUACAGUCGAGGUCGACGUUCAACUUUGCCAAUUGGGAGUUUCCUUGGUGGAUGACGAACCCACCCCUCGCGAGCUGCUCUUCAUUCACGUGGGAGACAUUCAGCUGGGCUACAAACAGAAUGUGACGGAAGACAAAGAAGAGAUCAACUUCCGCGUCGGCAAGCUGCAGGGAAUUUGUCAGCUGCCCGAACGUGUGGAUGGUUCCAUGCUUGAACAUAAGCGGCAGCACAAGGCUGGUGUCCUCCGCAAGGAGCUCCCAGCUGUGAUUUUGGCCAACCAUGGCGAGAAGGACGCAAACUUCCUGGAUAUCAACAUCCUGAGAGAGGCCACUUCCUCGCAGGAUUUGGUCCUCCCUGCUGCCAAUGUCCUGAUGGAUAAAUUGGACGUGACGGUGGACCAUGACUGGCUCUCACCGCUCCUGGACUGGCUGGAGCGAGCAAUUCCUCAGGAUGCCAUUGAUCUUGGCAUCACCUGGGAUGACAUGAAGGCCAAGGCUGGAAGGUCGAUUGCGGUGAACUACGAGCCGCCUUCAGUGCCAGCAGUGGCAUGCGUCGAGUCCCUGAAACUCUCCGAGAUCAACUUGACUGUUUGGUGCCGCUUGCCAUUGUCCACCCUGGACUUUCUGCCUGGACCAGUGCGAACCAUCCUUCGAGUCGUUUCUGUCAGCAGCCAUUUCACGUUGAACGCAGCUCAGAUCAAAUUGCCCGAAAAGAAGCUUCCAGAAUACCGUGGACCAGUUGAAAACCUGGGCGUGUCCAUUGGCAUGGACUAUGCGGCCUCGCUGCUGAAGAUUGUUAUGUCCCUCCUGGGAAAGAGUUCCUUGCUGAAUGCUGGGGCCAUUCCAUUAGCGAUGGGUGGGACCGUUGUUUCCAUGGUCACCGACGGUGUCGGCAGCACCAUUCGUGGUGGUGCGGGGCUCUUGGGACACCUCGCCAUGGAUGAGGACUACAAUCAGCAACAGAAGAUGAAACGGGAACAGAAAGAGAUCACUGGGGCAAUUGAUGGCUUCAAGGAGGCAGGAAAAUCCUUGGCUACUGGCUUGGAUGGUGCAUUGGACAUCUUCCGCAAGCCGGUGCAGGGAGCUCGCCAGGAUGGUGCAAAGGGCUUGGCCGUGGGCUGUGGCACUGGCAUUGCAGGCACAGUGGUGAAGCCUGUCGUGGGCGUUGCAAACGCGGGUUCUGACAUCAUUACUGGCAUCUCAGCAGCUGCAACCUUCGACUCUGCAGCCAAGCGCCGACGUCGUGAGCGUUGUCGUUGCCGUGGACCCCGAAUGCUCUACGGAAAGUCAGCUGUCAUGCGGAAGUGGAGCGACUCAGAUUCACAGCUUCUGCUUCAGCUGGGGAGUUUUGCAGAGGGCGUUCAAGAGAUCGUGCCAUUGGCCUCAAGUGCUUUUCACCGCUAUGCCUUGCUUCUUUGCAGCGACAAGCUGCUGGUGGUGAAGCUCCGAGCUACUCAAAAGAUGUCGGAGCGGCAUAGCACCCAAGUGGACCUGGCUGGAAAGGCUUCCACCAGAAGCCUGGCAGGAAAAGGACACCAUCAUCGCAUGGAUCGCAUCUUCUCGGAACUUCUUCAUCCCAUCGAAGAGGUUCAGAGGAUUUCUAGCAGUGCCAGCGGCUUGAGCCAGACAGAAUCCACGGUAGCAGAAAACGUCCGUGGAGUGCUCUACGAGGAGAUCAAACGCGUGGAAUUUGUAGAUGUGGACGAUGCGCUGGUUCUGGAAGAUCAGCAGGGCAACAGUCACAGCAUCCCCAUAGUCUUGGAGUCCGAUGCCAAGGAGGCCUUGCAAGUCUUGCUGGAGCAAGCAGCGAAAGGGCGGCCCAACUGGCGUGACUUCAUGCACGGAUGGCGGCCAGAGGAGGAGGUGCACGAAACUGCUAUUCGGCCGAAGCAAAAGGACGAGGACGUAGUAAAAAUGACCUCGGUGUCAAUAUAG